AUGUCGAGUAACAAGAGAAGGUUCGUCUUCAACAGAGUCUCAGUGAAGCUCGGGUGCAGCUGCGUGAGACCAAAACUCUCCAACAUCUUCCACCCCAAACCCAAGCCACCCCACUUGAACCACAACCACCGGCGCAACCACCACUACUCCUCUUCAACCUCAUCAUCUCAAACCACCACCACCACCACCACAUUCUCUCCAGCCACACCCACUCCACCCCCACGUUUCUACGAAAGCUGGGAUAGUACUACCGACGACGCCACGUGUCCGAGGAGUGUUGGUGCGCUUGGGCGCUUAGGGGGAGAGAGCAUGGCAGUGGAGAAGGAUUCGGAUGAUCCGUACUUGGAUUUUCGGCAUUCAAUGCUUCAAAUGGUAGUGGAGAAGGAAAUAUACUCUAAACAAGAUCUAAGGGAACUACUCAACUGCUUUUUGCAGCUAAACGCACCGUAUCAUCAUGGGAUUAUCGUUGAAGCUUUCAGUGAGAUCUGGAAGGGUGUGUUCUCUCAGAAGCUGCGCAGUGGAUUCGUCUCACCUGACUCCUAGGUCGAGCUGCACGUGGUUUAUUUAACAAAUCUACGUGUCAUGGUGGGGAAAGACAGGAUGUAUUGGCAUUUGUGAUCUAAGGAAGGCUCCUCCUAUGAAGGUUGAGAGAACUUGUAAUAGAAGUCACAGCACUGCAAUGGUCAGGUUCAGUUUGUUUAUCAUUGUGGAAUCCAUAAUUAUUUUUUUUAGUUUGGUAAACAGAUUAGAUAUGUGUGAUAAUCACUAUAAUAAUUUCUACUACAAGAAUUCUCGUCUGCCGCCUCCGACUAGGGCCACAUUGGUGGGUGGAGGUGGAGGAGACAUGCACUAAUAAGUGGUGGGGUUGAAUGCAAUCCUAUUAAUGAAUGCAAUAUUUUGUAAUUGUAUUUUA